ACAGAAUAACAGUACAGUUGACAAGCGGUGGGGCCGAGUGGGCCUUCUUCUUCAGCUUAUUGCCCUAAUUCUCCAAAAUCCCCAGAAAAGAGCAAAAAAUCGCAAGUAUAAAUUCAGAUUCCAAGAGCAAUUGAGCAUAAUUUGAUGAUACAAUAAUGAAUCAGGGAGUGCAGAAGAACACUCUCUACGUGGGUGGUUUAGCGGAGGAAGUGAACGAAUCCAUCCUUCACGCAGCGUUCAUACCCUUUGGAGAUAUUAAGGAUGUGAAGACACCACUGGAUCAGGCCACGCAGAAGCACCGCUCGUUCGGGUUCGUCACUUUCCUGGAGAGAGAGGACGCGGCCGCCGCCAUGGACAAUAUGGAUGGGGCGGAGCUUUACGGCCGUGUACUCACCGUUAACUAUGCUCUACCAGAGAAAAUCAAGGGUGGUGAACAAGGAUGGGCCGCCCAGCCUAUUUGGGCAGAUGCUGAUACAUGGUUCGAAAGACAGCAGCAGGAGGAGGAAAUGCAGCGGCUUCAAGCAGAGAACCGGGCUGCAAUGCAGGAAGCUGAAGAAUUACACCGCAAGAAAAUGGCCGAGGAGCGAGAAGGUGAAAAGGAUGAAGAUGCCAAGGAUGAUCCCAUGGCCAAGGCUGAAGCAGAGGUACUGAUGCAGAAUGCUGCUUAGUUUUGAAUCAGCAGGCGACAUGUUUUCCAUGGAGGAGAAAGGUGGGAUACUUUUUAAGGGGGAGUUGCAGUUACCAUCGAUGUUAACCUAAUAGAUUUUAUUUACUUGAACUGUUGUGUUUGGGAAGUUUCGAGCUUAUAACUUGGUUCUUCAUGACCAAUUUCAUCGCUCUAUCUUACAAGGAUGCAAAAUGCAGAUUCAGCGUGUUGAAGAAUUGCGGCUUCUUCAUAGACAACAUUUAGAUUCUAUCAACAUUAAUCGUAUGACAUAGUUUUUCAUA